CUGGCUGCGUCGACGUGCUGACGCCAUGACGCCCCGGCCGGUGUGUGUCGGUGUGUGUGUGUGUGUGUGAGUGUGCGCGCUCCGAGUGUGUGUGUAUUUGUGUAUCGGCGGUCCCGCAGGUCCCGGAUGUUGCGGACAGUAUGAGGCGAGCGCAGGGGGACGGGGACCAGCAGCUGUCGCCGCCGCUCUCAGAGAUUUCCUGUUAGACAAGACAAAUUAGAGUUCUCCUACUGACUUAACUUGAAUAAAUAUAUACUUGAUACUGGAUGAAAAACUCAGUUUUACCAGGACGGGGAUUAGAGGGUGAAGAGGGAACAGAAAUCUUUGCCCCCUGACUUUGGAAAUCUCGUUUAACCUUCAAACUGGCGAUGUCAAGGGUUCCAAGUCCUCCACCUCCGGCAGAAAUGUCGAGUGGCCCUGUAGCUGAGAGUUGGUGCUACACACAGAUUAAGGUAGUGAAAUUCUCCUACAUGUGGACCAUCAAUAACUUUAGCUUUUGCCGGGAGGAAAUGGGUGAAGUCAUUAAAAGUUCUACCUUUUCAUCAGGAGCGAAUGAUAAACUGAAAUGGUGUUUGCGAGUAAACCCGAAAGGGCUAGACGAAGAAAGCAAAGAUUACCUGUCACUUUACCUGUUACUGGUCAGCUGUCCAAAGAGUGAAGUUCGGGCAAAAUUCAAAUUCUCCAUCCUGAAUGCCAAGGGAGAAGAAACCAAAGCUAUGGAGAGUCAACGGGCAUAUAGGUUUGUGCAAGGCAAAGACUGGGGAUUCAAGAAAUUCAUCCGUAGAGAUUUUCUUUUGGAUGAGGCCAACGGGCUUCUCCCUGAUGACAAGCUUACCCUCUUCUGCGAGGUGAGUGUUGUGCAAGAUUCUGUCAACAUUUCUGGCCAGAAUACCAUGAACAUGGUAAAGGUUCCUGAGUGCCGAUUGGCAGAUGAAUUAGGAGGACUGUGGGAGAAUUCCCGGUUCACAGACUGCUGCUUGUGUGUUGCUGGCCAGGAAUUCCAGGCCCACAAAGCUAUCUUAGCAGCUCGUUCUCCGGUUUUUAGUGCCAUGUUUGAACAUGAAAUGGAGGAGAGCAAAAAGAAUCGAGUUGAAAUCAAUGAUGUGGAGCCUGAAGUUUUUAAGGAAAUGAUGUGCUUCAUUUACACGGGGAAGGCUCCAAACCUCGACAAAAUGGCUGAUGAUUUGCUGGCAGCUGCUGACAAGUAUGCCCUGGAGCGUUUAAAGGUCAUGUGUGAGGAUGCCCUCUGCAGUAACCUGUCCGUGGAGAAUGCUGCAGAAAUUCUCAUCCUGGCUGACCUCCACAGCGCAGAUCAGUUGAAAACUCAGGCAGUGGAUUUCAUCAACUAUCAUGCUUCGGAUGUCUUGGAGACCUCUGGGUGGAAGUCAAUGGUGGUGUCACAUCCCCACUUGGUGGCUGAGGCAUACCGCUCUCUGGCUUCAGCACAGUGCCCUUUUCUGGGACCCCCACGCAAACGCCUGAAGCAAUCCUAAGAUCCUGCUUGUUGUAAGACUCCGUUUAAUUUCCAGAAGCAGCAGCCACUGUUGCUGCCACUGACCACCAGGUAGACAGCGCAAUCUGUGGAGCUUUUACUCUGUCGUGAGGGGAAGAGACUGCAUUGUGGCCCCAGACUUUUAAAACAGCACUAAAUAACUUGGGGGAAACGGGGGGAGGGAAGGGCCCAGGACUCGGAGCUAUUCAACCUAAUGAAAACCCUGUUGCUGCGUCACUGUGUUCCCUUUGGCCUGGCCGAGUUUGAUACUUUGGGGAUUCAGUUUAGGCGCUGGCCGGAGGACAUCCCAGCGGUGGUACUUUGGAGAAACCUGUCUGCAUCUGACUGAGCAGAACAAAUCGUCAGGUGCCUGGAGCAAAAAGGAAAAAAAAAAAAAAAAAAGGACAUUGAGUUUUAACAGAAGGGAAAAGGAAAGAAGAAAAGAUUUUUGCAGAAUUUCUCAAAAAUCAGUUUGUGGAUUCCAGUAGUAUUUAUAUUGAGAGAAACAAAUUUUAGUCCUUCCAACUGUGCUAAAACUUGGAUAUUUGUGAAAACUCCUUACCACCAUACAAGCAUCAGAAGAGCUCUCUUGUUGUUAGCACUUAUUGUUUGUUUGCAAGAACAGAAUACAUCCUUUUAUCCUUUUAUGAAAAAUGACAAGUGAAGGCAAAAGGGGAAGGUUAUUUGAUCUGGAAGAUGAGUGUUCUGAUAUGGUGGCUUUUGCAAAAAUCUUUAUUAUUGGUGUUGAAAACUGGAAAAAAUAACUCAUCCAGAAUUCGUACUGUCUUGACAAGAACUAUGGUUCUCUGUUUUUAGAUAUUGUGGAAAAUGUUUUUGGGCAUUUUUCUCUGAUUUUAUUUCUUCUCCCCCACCCCAUUUUCUAAAAAACAAAACAAAACAAAAAAACACAAAACAAAAACAGAACAAAAGAAGAGAGAAGGAAAUUUUAUUAAUUAAAAAUGCUGUGUGAUAAAAUCCCAGCCCAGAUUGCUCAGCUGUUUGUACCUGACUUGCUGCCUGCAUAGGAGCCAGUUCUGUUCCUUUUGACUAGCCCCUCUUCCUCCAGGGGAGAACUUCCAAAUGUUAAUUUUUUCUUUUUGAAAAUAUAAAUAAUUACUAUUUUGUA